GUAUAUAUUUAUAAAUAGUUUGACCUUGUGACAUUAAUGUGAACUGCAACAUGCAAUCUCCGUAUUUAUAAUAGGAUUUAAUUAAUACUAUCAGUAUAAUUUUGUGUGUUGCAAAUUGCUCCUUUUUUUGGAAUUAGGCAUUUCAUAGUUUAAUUGAAAUGCUUGUAUUAGAACAUCCAGUAAGAAAUAGGAGAUCCAAAGCGCGGUUGCUUUGUUUAUUCGUGAUAUUAAUAAGAGGUGUUGAUUCGUCAGUCCUCGACUGGGUUUGGGGGUCAUCUAAAGAAAAUGCGGAUCCUAGACCUAAAGUCGGCGAUGCCCCUGUUGUCAAGGUUCCUUUUGAAGUAACGGCAGAGGAUGAAAAAUUUCUUCAAGAAGCAAAGAAAUACACGAAUCUCAAGUUGUCAGACCUCGACUCCUGCCAACAUCAUAUUGUCAUGAAGAUCCGCAAUUCAUGCUCAGAUAUGACAGAAGAGGAGCUGGCAAAAAUGAGUGUGAACCUACUAAACUGUCAGUCUGCAGUUGAGGGGAGAAAGCAGUUUCCCUGUACUAAGAGUAUGACUCUUCGAGAGUGCACAAGUUCGAUGGACCCAGACAUGUGGAAUACAUACCACUUGAUGAACAACCGUGCCAGAGCUGUUUGUUAUGCUGCUAGGCACCAGCAAUUCCGAGCCCUGUCAGAGUUGACAGUCAACAAAUUGAUGGAUUCUGCCCAAAGUCAGCUUAACACAAUGAACUCACUCAAGGACGGCCAGCAGAAGUUGGAGGUCCUGACAUCCAACACAAUGGAGUCAGUGUCUCUUGGCCACAAGUCCCUUAUGGACCAGCAAGAAAAGUUAAGAGUUACACAACGUAAUAUUCAGGAUUUUGUAGCCCUGAACUUGCGAGAACUGACACGAGAGAAAGCGCUGAUAGCAGCAGGUCACCGUGAAAUUGCCAAGAUGACAGAGGAUGUUAAGAAGAAACUGGAUGAGGCAAGUUCAGACCUCAGCAGCCAGGUGAAUGAACGUCGUGAGAAUCACAAGCAACUCCUGGAAGAUCUGGACACCAUUCUGGACCAGGUGUCUCUCAUCUGGAAGAGUAUAGAUCACAGCACGCAGGAGAUCAUUGCGCAGCAUGCGUCUGCAGCAGCACAGUACAAUUCAACACUGCACAAGCUGGCACAGAUCAACAUCACAGUGAACUACCUUCUGAAUCUGCUGGAUAAAACGAGACAGGAAAUUGAUGAGCGUCUAGGUUGGCUCACCAGUCUGAUUGGGGAUACUGGAAACCAGUUGGGUCAUGUUUACAGCUGUGUGCUCCAUGCUCUGUACUUGAUUGUGGGGAUGAUAGCUGCGUCAUUUGUCAGAGCGCCAACCCUCACACGUGCUUUCCUCCUCGUCAUUGUGCCUCUGAAUCUUGCUGCUGUGUACCAUCAUGGAGAUUCUGCUUCCCUCGACUUCCUCUCCAUGACUAUACUCAUCUUUGCGUCAACAGCAGUCCACUGUAUAAUCCAGGCAGUGCUUCAUUAUUGGACACCCAGACAGCCUGGGCCCAUAUACUACCUCCACGGCAGCCAGUCGCCACCAGUGACCAAUGGUUUUGUUCCCAGUCCAUUGUCGCCUGUGAAGCCCGUUGCUUCUGUACUGGCCCAAAAGGGUUUCAUUGAAAAGCUGCGGUGCUUCACAGCAGACAUGCUCAGAGGACUUAAGUCUCUUGUGAGCAGUUUGAUCAACCGCAGCAAGUCAGUGUCAGCUGCUGACUCACCCAUUGGGAACACGAGGUUUGACAAGGGGCACCGUAUUCCCACCCCUGUGUCUGAUGAGGACAUAGGUGAUGACUCUAGUGACAGUGAUGAGGUUGCCUCUCAGGACAACUUGCAAGAGGGUCUCACACACUACAACGGUGGCAGCAGCGACUUUCUGAAUGUCCAUUCUGGCAUACCCCCCUUGAGGCAGCGCUCUUCCACACCGCUAUACACUGCAUCCAUGCGUGUCUCAUCUAGGAGUGGGACACCUCGACCAAUGUGCCUUGCCAUCUGUCGGAAUGGUCAACAGUGUCGCAACAGUGCGUCCCUGGGCAGUGAUGUGUGUCGCAGGCAUGCCUUUGAUUCAUCAUUUCGCUGAUACUGAAAGGAGUCGAGGUAGUGUAAAAGGAGCUUAACGACUACUAUCUGAGUCAAGUUUGUAGGUAUCAGCUUUAUUUUGGUAUAGACCGAGCCAAAUAAAUCUAUGAAAGAGGUGGCUGGAUUGAGAGGCAGGGGACAGGGAAUGAAACAAGCUACUAGUAAUCAUAAAACCAUUACUUAUUACAGAUGACAAGAAAAAAUGUAAGAAUAUUAAGAAGUACAUUCAAGCAAGAAGAAUUUAAUAUUAAUAUAAAAUCAUCACUUAUUAAUCAGUAGGGUUCGGAUGUUCAUGACAUGUCAUAUUUUUAUUGGGGCUUCUAUUUUCAUUCUA